AUGACGAAAAGUACAAGCAAGCAACUUGAGUCUCUCGAGAACAUUAAAGGACACCUUAAACAAUACUCACGAUUACUUAGAAGAGAUUUCUUAGCAAUCCUUGUAAAGAUGACUGCAAAAGAAUUCGGAAUCAGAACUGUCAGAUGCGAUUGGAGAACCAGGAAGGGAAUGUUAGCCUUCCUUCAAUCUUCUUGGGAUAAGUUCUAUCCUCAACUUACUCAAGAAACCGUUUUUAAGUGGUAUUGCACUAAUUUCGAAGCCUGCGAAAAGUUAUUCUCAAUUAGAAAGUUCAUUAUGUUUAUUUACUCAAAUUGGAAUCUCUUUAAUACAUUUCUAACUACACCUGAAGCAAUUUCAUGCUUAAGAUCCCACUCAAGAGGAAUUGAAACGUUAUUAGAGUCCCAAUCAGUUCCCAAAAACUUCGAGUGGCUUGAAACAGAAGCUGGAAAGAAGAUAUUAGAUAUAGUUUGCCAAUUCAAAAGUGGCCAAACCUCGAAAUUAAUUUCAGAGGAUGAAGAAAUGGUUUCUUCUCCAGAAGAAAAUUCUCAGAAGAGUGUCGAAAAUACAGAUGUUCAGCCAAUAAUACCAAUUCCUGCAGGAGUUACAGACAAUGAUGACGAAAUUGAUCUUGAGUUUUCAUUAUCUCUAUUCCCACACGAAUUUAACUUAUAUGAGACCAAGGAAAUUUUCCAUUUCCCUGCUAUUGAUGACCCAUUUUUAAUGGAUAAUUUUUCAAUAUAA